AUGACCCCACCAAAGCAGAGCAGCACGGAUAAUGUGGCUGCGCCGUCUCCGAGCUCUGCAGCCCCAAAGGAGAAGGUGGAGGGUGGAAGUACCACGGAGUGCGGAGAAGUGGUCAGGAGUAACGUGGAAGGGGGCAGUCAUGCCCCUGGUGCUGGCCAGCUUCCAGAAACCAGACCAGCUUCCCAGCCCUCGGGUAGCAGUAAGAAACCAGCCUCAACAGGAGAGCAAGCGAGCGUUUCCUCUGGGUUGGCUCCUGGUACGGAAGCGCCUAAAAGUAAGCCUGCAGCUCCUUGUGCUGAACGUCGAAGUCAAGACACAAAGACUCCACCUGUGGUCAAAAACUCGCAGGCUGGGAAGGAUAAAGAAGACGCCAGCCAGAAAGUGAGCUGUUCGCCUUCCAAGAAUGAAAACACAAAGGAGAAGAAGAAGGCCCCAAGUGAGAAAAUGCAUGAGGAAACUGAGAAGGCAAGUCAGACCAAAGGACCUGAGGUUGCUAGAAAGGAUGAUGCCUCAGCUGUAACAGACAGCUGUAAGGACAAAAAGCAAAAAAGGAACCAGAAACCCGUGGAUAAGAUUACAGAAAGUGAUGGUGUUACAGUAUAUUUCCAUGCGGUAUUGUCCAAACACUUCAAACUAAACCUUGACACCCACAAAAUAUUCAUCAGGGGUGAAGGCAUUUCUCCCUAUGAAAACUGGAAGGACAACAUUUGUGAGCUGACCUGCAGCAAGCAUCUAGGAGAACAUGGAUACCUCAUUGAAGGCACUGUAACUCUUGCAAAAGAAAAUAUGGAUAGAUUCAUUCCUUACAAAUACUGGGUUACCUGUGGUGGAGGGGAGUAUGAAUUUAUUUACAAGCGUUCAGUAUCAAAUAAUCAUGUGAAUCGCUGCUUAUUCAUAAGACGUGACUUGCUCAACAACGGAGAAUGGCAUCAGUAUGACGAUAUUGUGUGUGCAAAGCCUUCCGGAAUUAAAAACAUUUGGAACAGGCUUUCUGGCAAUGAAAACAGAGAAGUGGUGGAAGGGAAGAAAAUAGCUGCAAAUAUUAUGUUAGAAAAUAUCUUCAGCAUUCUUGGAACCUGGAGUCCCAACAACCUGAGAAACUUCAUCUUCCAGCUGAGGCAGUUUUGUGUGGUUACAGGAAGACCACUGGUACAUGACGGCAAUGUAAUGCCAUGGAUGGAGUUAAACUUUGGCAUGGAGCAGGUGACUGAUUUGCUGCUAAACUACAUGAAGAAAAUAGCUCUUCCUUUCCUUGCGCCAGGAGGUGCAAAAGCAUCGCAGGAGGACAUAGUAAUAAAAAGUAAACUAGCUCUGGGGCUCACCAUUCUCGCAGUAGUUGACAUGCUCGGGCUGCCAGCAUUUAAAAGCGAUCUGGUUGACCUGUGUAGCCUCUUGUGCUUGGAUAAGGUGUCACAACAAGCUGUACUGGAUGAAUUUCAUCAUAUCAACAAGGCUUUUCUAGCAGUUACUAGUUUGAAGAUACACCUGACAAAAUUUUGCGAAAGCUGCAUUUAUGACGAAGUAGAUCAGUGGGUGUGGGUUCUUCCUCUUCUGCAUUUCUCUGCUGCUCCUUCGCAACACAACCACUUGCCAAUGCAAGAAGAUAUCUGGGCGGGGCUGGAAGGGCUUCCAUUUGCUGAAACAAGGAAGCAGCAACAUAGGGGGACCCUACUGCAACUAAUGAAAGAAAAGAGAUACUUGAUGGAAUUAGAUAGGACUCUGGUCAAGUCCUGGAUCUGUGUGCUGCCCCUGGAGAACCUGGCUGAAUUUAUAAAAGACUUCUCCACUGAUUUGUUAGCUACUCUUCAAGGUGUUUCUUACAGAUUAGAGGACAUUGACCUUUCGUGGAGCAGUUCUGAGGUAGUAGACAGUCUUCUAAAGACACUGCUGCGUACCUUGGAUGAGAAACAGGCCAGAGCUCUGGAAGCUCACUCUUGGCAGUCCUGCUUGAUCUGUUGCCUCCAGCUGUACAAGAGGGUCUGCAAGUGCGUGAAGCGGGUACGGUGGUUCACGAUUCCUGCCACUUCUGCCGUGAUGAUUUCGAAAGUUGCCAAACUUCAGCCCACAGCACAGGUUCCAAGAGAUGCUGUGCAGGAAGUUCCAGAGGUAGAAGUAUUCAGUGAAGCUCUGAGAGACACUCGAACCUGGUUCAGAAAUGUUUUAAACCAGAAGUUACUGAAAGAUUACCCAGAGCCUGUGACGUUCUCUUCUGGUUACGAACUUUGGGCCUGGGAUGAAUUUGUGAAGAUCAGCUUUCCAGAUGAACAGUUCACUGAGAGGUGGAAGAAGACUUUACUUGCAGAUCUGGAGAGAAGAAUUCAGGAGGAGCCUCCAGUUAACCAAAUCUUAGUCUACUGCCGUCAUCAACCCAAAUUUAAGCAACUUGACUCUUCCAUUGACCGGUGUUUCUGUAACUGUGCCACAGAGGCUGUAACUGCAGCUUGCCAGACUCAGAGCAAUCUUCUUGAGAAGAUAUCUCCCUACAACAUGGGCCAGUUCAGCCAGCUUGUAUCAGCUAUUAUUGUGAAGUCAUGGCCAAUCAAGAGUGGGAAGUCUGAGGAUGAUUUUGAUGAGAUUUUGCACCACAUGCUUACGUGGCCUGACAUCAAACAUAUCUUCUGCUUUAAUGGAACAAACACAACACUCCUAGAAAAACUUACAGAUGAAGCAAAGAAUAUAAUGGCCACAGCAGACUCUGUGUUUAUGAGUGUCCUCGAUGACAUCCAGGAAGGGUGUAUCCUUGUGAAACAUCUGGAAGAGAUUUUCCGGCAUGAGGAACAGUUCACCUGUAUCUGGGAGAUAAAGCACCAGCAGCUGUCACGUGAAGACAAAGAACUACUCCAGAGUGAACUGAAAGAAUUGCUGCAGAAGAGGCAAGAAGAAGUAACGCUUCUCAGACAAGACAAAAAAGCAAUAGGAACCUUUCUGAGCAUGUGUAGGAAGGUGAAGGCAUCUGUGAAAGUGGAUGUAGGCAAAGUGGAAUUUCAACACUUGGAAGAUCUUUGCUUAAAACGACUAAAUACGGUUGUGAAUGUGGGAGAGAGACCCAUACAGACCUACUACAGCUUGAGCCCAAAGCUGAAACAAUUUGCCCAGAAAAUGCACUCUUUUAAGGAUAGCCUGAUCUUCCAGCAGUUCUGGGAGGAAGCAGCGGAGAAGGCAGGAGAGGAGUAUGACAGUUCAGAAGAGGAGGAAGAGGACAGCAUUGUUCCUGCAUUGGACCUUGAUAGUGUUUUGAGCUGUCUAAUCACCCCUUGUUUUGUGAGCUAUGAAAGGUUGUAUGAUGAUCUCAGAUCUGGAAGUCUCACACUUUCUGCAGUUGAUACAAUUUUUCAGGAAUUCACAAAUCAUCCUGAAGAUAUCAAAACUGAACUAAAUACCAUAUGUAAGCUUAGACCUGGAGAAGCUGGAGAUUGGGUUGAUCAGCGAUUUGAGCAGAUCCAGCAGUACCAUGAAAUGCACUUAACUUUUGAUGCUGCGAAGAUCAUUGCCAGUGUCAAAGAGAGUUUAAGCCUCUCUGGUGACUUCAGUAUCCUGGAAAACUUGUUGGACAUAACAGAAAAGCUUGAAUCAUACAAGACACAAAAGCUGGACUCCAUCAGCCCUGAGCUUAUGCGUGCCAAGACACUGCUGCAGGGGAUCACAGUGAAACGACGUGGGUGUCUGAGGGAGCUGGCCCAGCAGAAGGAGUUUGUCUGCUGGGUCAGAGAAGCACUGAAAGAUAUAAAUGAGCUGAAGGUAUUUGUAGACUUGGCCUCCAUAUCUGCUGGGGAGAAUGACAUGGAUGUGGACCGUGUGGCGUGUUUCCACGACACUGUGCAUGGCUACUCUUCCCUGCUCUACGAGCUUAGGCAAGAGUCAGGGUUUGAGGACUUCAUGCACUGCUUGAGGAAGCUGUGGCGAGCCCUGGACAGUGAUGAGAAUCUUCCCAAGAAACUGCGUGCUUCAGCUCAACACUUAGAGUGGUUGAAAACAGUGAAAGAGAGCCACGGGUCUGUGGAGCUCUCAUCGCUGUCGCUGGCAGCUGCCAUCAACAGGAGAGGAAUAUAUGUUCUCAGAGCACCAGCUGAUGGCCAAAAGGUUACUUUGGACAAUGUCCUGUGCUUCACCCUCCCAGGGAGCUCUGGGGAUAAUGAAGCGUCAUGGAAAUACUCUCUGGCAGAGCUCCAUGAACUGCAGAACAAACUGAUGCUCAUGUCGGCAAAGGGAGAGCAAGGCUUGGAGGUGGAGAAGUUCUCUGAGAUCUUUUUCAAUGUCCGAAGACUUGCACAGGCCUUUAUAGACCUUUAUUCAGCUGGGAACAUGCUCUUCCGCUCCUGGCUUGCUCGUGUGUAUUGUUCACCCAAAAUAGAAUCACGUGUUCUUAUAGACUUCUCUUUGGGACCGAUCCCAGUGCUAGAAGGGCAAGGAGAUGUGGCGGCUGUGCUCCCAGGCCUCUGCAAGACAAUGGAGAGUUUCCUGGAGAGUUGGAAAAGCUUCAUGUAUGAAAAACGACUCCAGCAUUUCUACCUGAACUACUACACUGCUGAGCAGCUGGUCUAUUUGUGCACAGAACUGGGGCAGAGGGUGCCCAGCCAGGGUGCCCUGAUGAUGCUUUCGUUCCUAAAACACAACUGCACCAAGCAGGAUGUCCAUAGAGCCUCCAGGGGUGAGGCGCCUCCCAGCUCAAGGAAGGCUAUUUCUGACUUCCAAGUGACGCUGGAUGGGAUGAAGGACCUGACUGCACGGCUGGAGUACAUCUGGGAGUGCUACAUGAGCAACAUGGCCUCCUUCCUUCCGAACUGCCUGGAUAUUGAUACGCUUGGCGGGUGGCUGAAGAAUCUGGCCAGCUGGGAGAGAGAGCAUGUCACACGAGACUUUCCACAGGAUCUUCUCUAUGUUGGUCAGCCCAACCUCAUCACAUGCCCUCGCUCCGAGGUGCUCACAUCUGCUCUGGCUAUUUACAUGAACAGCCCCAACCAGCCCCUUCCCACUUUUGACGAAGUUCUCCUGUGCACUCCUCAGACCACUGCUGAGCAAGUGGGGCUCUUCCUCAGGAGGUGCCUCAUUCCCUGCAGCGGAGGAGAGAAAAUUUACACCAUGCUAUAUGCAGAUGAGCUGAGUUACGAUGUCAGCUGCAGAGCAGAGGAGCUAUUCCAGUACCUGCAGCACUACAACAAGACCUAUCGCCUUGUCAUUCUGUGCAACUGCGAGAGGGAGCACAGCUACAUCCCUUCUGUCUUCAGCCAGUACAAAGUGCACAUGAUACCCCAGAGGCCACUAGCUGAAAUCCAGCAAUACCUUCAGCACCACUACAGAGUCGCUCAGCCUUCAAGCUCAGCUGCUUCUGUGUUCAAGGACAAUAUGUGCGUUGGGAUUGUGUCCUCCAAAAGAGCUGGUGUGGGGAAAUCUCUGUAUGUGAAGAGGUUACAUGAGAGACUGCAAGCAGAGCAGCCUGACUAUACAAAACUUCUGAAAACCAUCAGACUAAUUGAACCAGAAGUGGAUGAGGAUGAAGUGCUAAAAUCUCUUCUGCCUUUUCUGAAGAGAAAACACCAGACAAAGCCCAUGAUAUUCCACUUUGAUAUUACCUCUUCAGUACGAAGUGGAAUUCCAGAGUUUCUAUUCAAGCUGUUGGUUUUGCAGUAUCUGACAGAUAAUAAUGGAAAUAUGUGGCUGCGACAGAAAUGCCAUUUGUAUAUCAUUGAAAUCCUGGAGAUAUCACCAGUGCCAAAGAAAGCAAUGUCAGCGAGCCAGAAGUACAAUUUCUUUGAUGUAUUCCCUAAAGUAACAUGCAAGUCUCCCAAGGAAGUACUAGAAAUGGAGACACUUGGGAACCAGUCUGGGGACGUUUCAGAUCCAGGAAUGGACCAGGAAGAAUUUUGCAGCGAGGCUUUCCAGAGACCUUUCCAGUAUCUGAAAAGAUUUGACCAGGGGUGCAAUCUGGACACAUUCUGUUAUGAAGCAUGCUCUGUAGAAGGGAGUCCAGCAGAAUGCCUGCAGCAGUUCCUCCUGCACUGUGGGAUCACAGAUCCCUCCUGGUCGGAACUCCGAAACUUCACAUGGUUUCUCAAUGUUCAGUUGAGAGACUGUGAAGCUUCUGUCUUUUGCAAUCCUGACUUUGUCCAGGACACUUUGCAAGGUUUCAAAAAGUUUGUUGUUACCUUCAUGAUUUUAAUGGCAAGGGAUUUUGCAACACCCUCCCUAAACAUUUCUGAUCAAAGUUCAGAAAGGCAGUCCUUCAACCUGGAGAACAUUGCAGAAGAAGAUCUUCUUCCUUUCCGCAUUCGGAAAAAGUGGGAGUCUGAGCCUCAUCCAUAUUUGUUUUUCAAUGAAGAUCGUGUGUCCAUGACAUUCAUUGGUUUCCACUUUCAGCCUGAUGGUAGUGGCGGUGUUGAUGCCGUUAAUCCUUUGAAUGGCAACAUUAUAAAGAAAAAUGUCAUGACUUCACGGUUGUACAAGGGCUUGUUACUCCAAAGAGUUCCCUUCAAUAUUCCAUUUGAUCAGUUGCCUCGUCAUGAGAAGCUAGAGAGGCUUUGCAUGGUUUUGGGGAUCCCCUGGGUAAUAGACCCCGAUGAGACAUACGAACUCACAACAGACAAUGUGCUAAAAAUCUUGGCUAUUGAGAUGCGAUUCAGAUGCAACAUCCCAGUUGUCAUCAUGGGAGAAACAGGCUGUGGAAAAACCAGACUUAUAAAGUUUCUGUGCAAGUUACGCAGAAGCUACGUAGAGGUGGAGAACAUGAAGCUUGUAAAAGUUCAUGGAGGUACUACUGCAGAGAUGAUUUAUGCCAGGAUCAAAGAAGCAGAAGCCCUUGCUAAAACCAAUAAGGAGCGGCAUGGGUUGGACACAGUCCUCUUUUUCGAUGAAGCCAACACAACAGAGGCUGUAAGCAGCAUCAAGGAAGUUCUGUGUGACCACACAGUACAGGGGAAGCCUUUGGCCUCUUGCUCUGGCUUGCAGAUCAUAGCAGCCUGCAACCCUUAUCGUAAGCACACACCAAAGAUGAUUCAACGCUUGGAAUUAGCUGGGUUGGGCUACCGUGUCAAAGCAGAUGAGACAAAGGAUAAGCUUGGAUCAAUUCCACUGAGACAGCUUGUGUACCGGGUCCAUGCGCUCCCACCCAGCAUGAUCCCAUUAGUGUGGGAUUUUGGGCAGCUGAACAACUUAACUGAAAAAAUGUAUAUACAACAGAUUGUACAGAGGGUUACUGAACAGGUCCCAAUGGAGCAGUUUGAAGCAGAGGUAAUUACAGAAGUGCUUUUUGCUUCCCAGCAAUACAUGAGGCAGAGGGACGAUGAAUGCAGCUUUGUCAGCCUGCGGGAUGUGGAACGUUGCAUGGAAGUUUUCAAGUGGUUUCACAAGCACAGUAAACUACUGCUGAGAGAACUGGAGAAGUACCUUGCCGAGAAGAAAGCUCCAAAGAACACCUUUGAGAGAAACAAUGUUAUCUGGUCCUUAGUGCUGGCAGUCGGGGUCUGCUAUCAUGCAUCCUUGGAAAAGAAGGAGGCAUAUAGGAGUGCUAUCAGCCAGGUCCUUCCAAAACCUUAUGAUACCCAGAAAAAGAUUUUGGAAGAAAUCUCCCUGAUGCAAGACUUAUUCUUGAGUGGUGUGCGCCUCCGAGAUACCAUAGCAAGAAACUUGGCCUUGAAGGAAAAUGUCUUUAUGAUGGUCAUCUGCAUUGAGUUGAAAAUCCCGCUUUUUCUUGUUGGGAAGCCCGGGAGCUCCAAAUCCCUUGCGAAAACCAUUGUGGCUGAUGCUAUGCAGGGCCAAGCAGCUCAUUCAGAUUUGUUCAAGGACCUGAAGCAGAUCCAUCUAGUGUCUUUUCAGUGCAGUCCUCUCUCCACUCCAGAGGGAAUCAUAGGCACUUUCAAGCACUGUGCUCGAUUCCAGGAAGGGAAGAACUUGGAGGAGUAUGUCUCAGUGGUGGUUUUGGAUGAGAUUGGGCUGGCAGAAGACUCUCCCAAAAUGCCCUUGAAGACUUUGCAUCCACUUUUGGAAGAUGGCUGCAUAGAUGAUGUCCCUCUUCCUCACAAAAAGGUUGGCUUCAUCGGGAUUUCCAACUGGGCUUUGGAUCCUGCUAAAAUGAAUCGCGGCAUCUUUGUCUCACGUGGUGACCCUAGUAAAGAAGAACUCAUAGAAAGUGCGAAGGGGAUUUGUCGCUCAGCACGCGGGGCUUUGCAGAAGGUCGAACAGUACUUUUGUCACUUUGCAAAUGCAUAUGAAAAUAUUUGUAAGGCCCAAGACAGGGAGUUCUUUGGUCUGCGUGACUACUACAGCCUCAUAAAGAUGCUUUUUGCCUUAGCUAAGAGCUCCAACAGUGAGCCGACACCUCAAGACAUAGCUGAAGUUGUUCUUCGUAACUUUGGUGGCAAAGAUGAUGUCAAUGCCUUGGAAAUAUUCACCUCACAGUUACCAGAAAAAGGAGAAGUACAUGCUCAUGAUAUCAGUAGAAUUGAGCUGGUUCGACAAAACAUUUACAGCAGUGGUCAGGAUGGUGAUUGCAGGUACCUGCUUGUGUUGACUGAGAAUUAUGCAGCACUGCAGAUCCUCCAGCAAACUUUUUUUACUGCCCGGCAACAGCCAGAAAUUAUCUUUGGCUCCAGUUUCCCUAAGGACCAAGAGUAUACCCAGAUAUGCAGGAACAUCAACCGUGUGAAGGUCUGCAUGGAAACUGGCCAAAUGGUUGUGCUGCUCAACUUGCAAAACCUUUAUGAAAGCCUCUACGAUGCCCUCAAUCAAUACUAUGUGUACCUUGCUGGCCAGAAGUAUGUUGAUUUGGGACUGGGCACCCACCGGGUGAAGUGCCGAGUGCACCCGAAGUUCCGUUUGAUAGUCAUCGAGGAGAAAGACGUGGUAUAUAAGCACUUUCCCAUCCCACUGAUCAACAGGCUGGAAAAGCACUACCUGGAUAUCAGUACUGUCCUGGACAAGGGGCAAAGAGAAACUGUGAAAGAGCUGAAGAAGUGGGUGCACGAGUUCACUGCAGCCAAUACAGAAGAGCACUUCAUAAGCAAGCAGAAAUACAGCCCUUCUGACGUGUUUGUGGGCUACCACUCCAAUACUUGUGCCUCAGUGGUCCUGCAGACAACGGAAAGGCUGAAAACAGCGUGUCCUGCUAGUGAACUCAUGUCCUGUGUGAAGAAAGAAGCCCAGCUGGCACUGCUGAACUGUGCCACCCCGGACUCUGUGAUCCGCCUCUGCAACUCAGUGGGUUUGUUUAUGGCAGGUUCUCUGGCCAAUAUAUACUUCAAGCAGCAGCAACACACGUCUUUUGCAGACUUCCUCCGAGCUCACGUCCGCGCUGGCUCUGGGUACCAAACGGUCUUUACAGAGGUCACCACCUUCUCGAGGCUUCUCACCAGUGCUGAUGCUGCUUGCCUGGAGAGAGAAGUGCAGGGUAAAGCGCAAAGGCCUCAAAUUCUGUUCCUGCAGCAGUUUGACACAGAGUACUCAUUCCUGAAGGCCAUCCGAGAUUUUCUUGACACCACAUCAGGAAAUAAAGUCCUUAUUAUUCAGACAGACUUUGAAGAUGGCUCUCAAAAUGCCCAGCUCAUCGCCUCAGCCAAAUACACUGUUGUUAAUGAAAUCAACAAGGUGGAUCUGGGAGAAGUCUCUGUCUUUGUUUACUUUAUUAUGAAGCUUUCCCGGGUGGAAGGAGGAACGUCCUAUGUGGGAUUCCAUGGAGGACUGUGGCAGUCGGUGCAUAUAGACGAUCUCCGCAGAUCCAAGGACAUGAUCUCUGAUAUGACUGCCCUGCAGAACCUCACCAUCAGCCAGUUGUUCUGUGAGGAUUCAGGUAAAACCAAAGCUCUGCCUGUGAAUGGAGAAGAACAGGGGGAAAAUGAGGUGCCGGUUGAAACACCAGUGCCAGAAGCAGAGCACUGUGAGCGUGAAAUCCUGGACACUACUGUACUCCUGAGGACCUGUGUACAAAGUGCUGUAGGGAUGCUACAGGACCAAAAUGAAGAUCUUAGUCGAAGCAGAAAGCGAAUUAAGAUCCUCCUUGGCCUUCUCUCCAAAGAAGAUGACUUGAAAGCCUCUUUCCUGAAGAUAACAAAGGCUCGUCUCUCCAACCUUUUGAAGAAGCAAGAAGAAAAUUCCCUUCACCCAAAAAACUGGGUGCUUCGGGAGGCUUCUAACCUCAGUGCUCUCCAGGAGGCAGGCACCUUCAGGCACACCUUGUGGAAGCGAGUCCAGAACAUGAUCACUCCGUUCCUGGCUCUCCUGAUUGCUGUCAUAGACAGAAAUGGCAAUCUGGAGCUGUUGGUCAGGCCGGCAGCUGAGUGGGUGACAAACCUGUGGAUGUUCAUCUUCAGUGAUACAAAACUUCUGACUGUCCCUUACAGUGUGGGUAAGAACAGCUCUCAGCCAGAGGUAAUUCUGGUGCAGAACAACAUGACGGUGUCUGCUGAUACUGGGAAUGAGAUGCCCUUCAGCUGGAGGAUAAAAGAGUACUUGGAUGAGAUGUGGUUGGAAGCUCAAUACCUCCAAAACACUGAAGACCAAGCUGAGAAGUUUGUGGAUAUCUUCCAGAAAACUUCACUGGGAAAAUUUAUCUCUGCUCUGACUGAGGAAGAAAGGCAGAUGCUCUUCCAGUGCUAUAUCACAGACUUUAUUGUCUUGACCAUUGGUGUGUCUUCCCUAGAGGAGCUGCAGUGUCUGCAAAUUGCGUUCUUAUCCUGCAUAGAGGAAUGGAAGGCAACAUCUCCCAGAAGAGAGGAGACGGUACCAUCUUUGCCUUGGGUCCACCUUGGAUACAAUCAGUUCAAGAGCCGCCUGCAGAACUUUUCUAGGAUCCUGGCUGUACACCCCCGUGCAGUUGACUACCUUAACCAGGAAGGACAUGGAAUAGCACAUUCAGAGAUGGUUUUAGAUGUGUUAGCUGCAGUGGCUUGUACUGAAGAGCUGGAGCAUCAAGUCCAGACAGCCCAUCCAGAGAUCUGGCUGCAGAAAGUGAAGAAUCUUCGCAUGCCUGUUGAAUUUAUUUGUAAAGAGAAGGAUUUACAGAGGAGUGGGAGUCGGUGCCAUCAGCUGCUAAAAAAACUUGAAGUCUGCUGGAACCGGGUUUUCUCCAUGUCUCUGUUUAUAGAACACGUGUUGUUAGGCAUCAACACUCUGAUGCCAGAAUUUGAGAAUUUAGUGAAAAAAUAUACUUUGCUUCUUGCCAAGUGUUUUCAGCACGAUUCAGACAUGAAGACUCACCCAACUUUUGUUGCAGUGAUGAAAGUACUGUGUGAAUGUAAGGAUGAAGUCAGCAACAGGCUCUACAGAUAUGGUCUGAAGUCAUGUCCAAUCUGCCUAGGAGAGCCGAAGGAUCCAGUCUGCCUGCCUUGCUGCCAUGUGUUCUGUCAGAAGUGCAUCAGAACGUGGCUAGUACCAGCACAGAUGCAUUGUCCGUACUGCAGAGUUGCCAUGGGGGAUGUUCAUUUAAAUGUCUCCGUGGAACUCAGAGAUGCCAUAGCAAGAAAUGCCCUGUUCCGGCAGAGAUGCAAUAAUUUCUUCAUAGAUGUGGUCACCACCAUGUGCUUCAAGGACAAUGAACCCCCUGAGGCAGAGGUGAUCCAAGAGCUCCUUAAUCUGCUGUUUGUUCACAGAAGUCUCCUGAAAGGUUCAGAUCACCCUGCUAUCUACACAAAAUUUCUAUCGCCAUUUAAUGACGAAGUGGAUGAAACUCCCAUCAUCCGCUCAGUAAUGCUGAAGCUCCUCUUGAAGUACAGCUUCAAUGAAGUGAAAAAUGAUGUGCAACACUACCUGUCCCUGGUAGAGCACAACGAGAUCCUAGAGCAAAAUGAUAAAAAAGAACUCUACUUGCUUUUUGUCAACUGCUUGGAGGAUUCUAUGUGUGAAAAGUCUGAGGGCGGCCUUGGAUAUGAGCAUAUAAACUAUCUGCCUGGAGGCAGAGGCUUUCCAGCGAACUAUCUCCCAAAGAACAAUCAAGAAACUCCUCAGGAAUCAUCUGUUGAAUAUCUGCAGGCAGUAGCCAAGGUUCGCUUGUACCUGAGUAAGGCUGCAGAGCUGCUCUUUGACUUGCAUGAGUGCACAGAGCAAGACCAGGUAGAGGAGAAGCAGCGUUACCUGGCAAACGUGAGGGUGUUCUUUAGCCUUGCCAAGAACGACUGGCACCGUGUUUACCUAGUCCGGAAAAUUGCUAGUCAGUAUGGGAUGGAAUUUGCUCAGAAGCUUGUCACAGAGGCACAGUUUAAGUGGGUGUUCCCAGUGGAAAUUCUGCACCAGGUACAGAACAGCCAGUCUAAACACAUCGAUCGUUAUCUGGCAUGUGGCAAGAAUUACGGAGUCCUACGUGAUGCUGUGGGGAAAGCCAUGAUUGAGUGUAAGACUGAGGGUCUUCUGGAGGCAGAGAAGGUUUCUAGCAGCUCCCCAGCUGUACAAUCUGUCCAUCUGCUCCUGGCUAUUUUCAGAGAAGUCACUGCCCUAUAUGGAGUUAGUGACUCAAAUCUUCAUCCCAAACAGCAGGUAAGAUACUUCACUUUGGAAGCUUGUGACAAACACGCUUCAUUGAUAAGGAUGAAUGAGAUUUUAAUCAUUGGUGGAAGAGCCUUCUGUUCUUCUGCCCCAAGCAGAGUUAUGUCCUGAUCAGAGCAGACUGAAAAUGUUUUCAAAGCAGGGGCAACGCAGCAUGGGAAGCAGCUGAUAGUCCUCUUCUGUUUGGUGGACAAUAUCAUGCUGGUUUUAUUUCUUUUAAAUAUGUGCUUUCAGCAAACACAUGCUAUGACUGAGUUCAUCCAGAAUUCCCAAGUCCUGAAUUCUCCAGAGCUGCAGCAGUUUGCAGCUUCUCUUGUGAUGAAUGCACUGCCAUCUCUGCGAGUGGAUCCUCAAAGCUUCGGCCACAAUGGAGCACUAAUCGAAAUGGCUGUUCAUACCGCAGCUGUCUUGCUGUGCGGGCAGAACCCCGUCCUGCAGCCCCUGAGGAAUCUGGCAUUCCGUCCGCACACCAUGGAGCAAUCUUUUCUGCCUACAAUGCCAGAAGAUAUAAUGGCUCAGGCGAGGGCCUGGGAAGGAGUUGCCACUCUGCGCUGGUACAUUUGUCCAAAUGGCCAUCCCUGCACUGUAGGAGAGUGUGGCCGCCCCGUGGAAACUAGCCUCUGUGUCGACUGUGGUGCCCAAGUUGGAGGGGUACAGCAUAAACCAGUGCCUGGCUUUCAAGAAUUCCGGAGUAGUGAAGACAGAACUCAAACUGGCCACAUACUCGGAGAUGCUCAACACAGAAAAACAAUGGGAGUGUCUGAUCGGGCCAUGUCCCCAGUUGUCUUCGUUCUGAUACGCUUGCUCACACAUUUGGCAAUGAUGCUGGGAGCCACAGAACAUCCUCAGCCAUUCCAAAACAUUAUCAAGCCACCGGUGCACAACUCAGUGAGUUUCCUGCAGCAGCAUAUUCGGGAGGACUUGGCACAGCUGACAAAAAUUUUGGGGAAGAGUGUGGAUGAGACUAUCAACAUCCUUCAUCUCAUCCUCAGCAGCCUCCUCAAGGACCCCCAUCAGCACCCAGGCCAGUGGCCAGUUCAGUUUGAUGAUGUGCUCUCCACAAAAGAGAAGAGAAACAAAUGGGAAGAAAUUGUUGCAAACACAAUUAUUGUUCCUGAAUUGGAGGAUUUGGAUAAAAAACUUCUGAAGUUAAAUAGACAAAUACAAGAGGAUGAGAGAAUUUCUUCCAAUCCAAUAGUGAAAAUAGUGUAUGGUGACCCAGUCACUUUCCUGUCCCAGCUGCCAAAGGACAGUCACAUACAUCAUUCCAAGAUGUGGAGCUGCCGAAAGAGAAUUUCAGUGGAGAACCUGGGCCAUGUAGUCCAGCAAAAGAAUGCCAAGGACGCUGUCCCUCUCCUUUGGAAGUUUCUGCAGAAGGAAACAGAACUGAGGCUGGUUAAAUUCUUACCAGAGAUUCUGGCUCUGCAGAGAGACUUGGUGAGGCGAUUUCAGAACACUGCUGAUGUCAAGCACUGCUCGAUCAGAGACUUCCUCAACGAACCCCUCUCAGAUGUGAUGAGGGACCUGUUACAGAGGAGAGUGAAUGUGUUUCUGUCUGUCUGGAACAAGCUAAGAAGCUCGCUGGACACCAGUGGGGAAAUUAAGCUUCCUAAAGGCUACUGUGAUGCUGACCUGACCCUCGACAGCAUGCUUGAGGUCAUUCUGCCACGUCGACAGGGGCUGGGCCUCUGCUCCACAGCCUUAGCCAGUUAUCUCAUUAGUCUGCACAAUGACUUUGUCCACUCAGUGAACAAACACAUCAAGGAAGAUGAUAGGUACUUGGUCAGUCCAUCAGAAGUGGCUGACCUGCACUUGAUCAGUUAUGAGGUUGAGAGAGACCUGAUUCCUCUGAUCUUGUCCAACUGCCAGUACAGCAUGGAGAAGGGCGGGGAGACGUUGCAGGACUUUGAUCUGGAGAGGAUCCAGCAGCAAGUCAUCAGCAAGUUCCUGCAGGGCAAACCACUCAUCACUCUAACGGGGAUACCUACCCUUGUGUACAGACAUGAUCGGAAUUAUGAACAGCUGUUUAAUGAUGUCAGGAAUAAGCUGGAUCAGAGUGCUCUCCCCAGUUCUGUGAUGAACAUGAUCAGUGGGGAGCUACAGUCUUACAGUGAUGUCUGUGAUGCUCUGUCCAUCACUGAAAUUACCUUGGGAUUCCUGGCCAAGGCUGGAGAGAAUGCUGAAAUGCUUCUGACUGACUACAUAGAAAAAAUUCUGCAGAUGGGUGAUCAGACAAACCCUCAUGUACUGCAGGCCUUUAGACGAUGCCACCUAAAGCACAUCAUAGCCCUAUGGCAACUUCUCUCUACCCACAAAUCUGAGCAGCUUCUGCGCCUCAAAAGGGAUCCUUUUGUAGGCGUCAGUACAGUCUACAAAGCUGAGCUCAGUCCAGAGAUUGCCAAGCUCCUCAACGCCUUCCUUGUCCACUCAAGGCUGGAAACUUUCCUGCAGGAGCUCCAUGAAGUGAUCGUCCUGAAGCUGAGACGUGUCCAAGCUGAGAAUGAAUUCAGACCCAUGUGGAGCCUGAAGGAAUCGCUCAUUCCUUACCUUGAUGCAAAAGACUCUGAGUUAGCUACAGAGCUGGAAGAGAUGUUCCCGGAUGAGAUUCUUCUCUCUCACGCUACCGCUACAUGGAAAGCAGCCGCCCUCUUCAAAAGGGAGCGUAGGUAA